AUCUUCAAGAUUAAGAUACACAAAAUCUGAAUCUGUAUACAAAGUGCGUCAGAAUUUUCCACGAGAAUAUUCUGGUCAUUAAAAAACGAUUAAAAAGCAAUAAAUGUCUAUGGCCAACUAAAUGCCAACGUGCAGAAGAUAGCUCCCGUACACAAAACCAAUUACUGUGAUCCUUCCGGAGCAUGAGCAUCAUGUUUUCGAGUGUGCGGAAUACUUCGGAAGCUGUGGCGGCGCUCGCCUCGCUGGCUCUGGGACUGGUUCUGCUUAUAUUCGUAUCUACAACGCCAACUGUGAUUGAUGCCACCCAGUCAGGGAUCUACAUAGACAAUGGCAAAGAUCAGACGGUCAUGCACCGCGUGCUCAGCGACGACGACAAGCUGGAUGUUUCGUACGAGAUACUAGAGUUCCUGGGCAUAGCCGAGCGCCCCUCCCACCACAGUAGCCAUCAGUUGUCCUUGAGAAAGUCGGCACCGAAAUUUCUGCUGGACGUUUACCACCGCAUCACGGAGGAGGAAGGUCUGGGCGGUGGCAAUACCGAGGAAACUGAGCGUAGCCACCGCUCAAAGCGAAACGCCGAACUGAUGGCCGAUGAAAGGAUUGGAGAUGGCGAAGAAAACUUCAUAACGGAUCUGGACAAGCGCGCCAUUGAUGAGAGCGACAUUAUAAUGACUUUCCUGAACAAACGAAAUCACAACGUGGAGGAGUUGCGCCACGAACACGGCCGCCGGCUGUGGUUCGACGUCUCCAAGGUGCCGAGCGACAACUAUCUGGUGAUGGCAGAGCUGCGCAUCUACCAAAACUCCAACGAAGGCAAAUGGCUGACAGCAAACAAGCAAUUCACGAUCACCGUCUACUCCAUGGGACUGGAUGAGUCGGGUCAGAAUACGAUGGAAGCGCUGUCCUCGGUGAACACCACUGGCGACUAUGUCGGCUGGCUGGAGAUGAACGUGACUGAGGGUCUGCACGAGUGGUUGAUCCAUUCCAAGGAGAACCACGGCAUUUACAUUGGAGCGCACGCAGUCAAUCGGCCGGAUAGAGAAGUCAAACUGGACGACAUUGGACUGAUCCACCGCAAGGUGGACGACGAAUAUCAGCCAUUUAUGAUUGGAUUCUUCAGGGGGCCCGAGCUGAUCAAGACAACUUCGCACAGCAGCCACCACAGAAGCAAGCGGAGCACGCUGCAUCAGCGCAAGAAAAAGAAGUCGGUGCCGGUGCAUCCGUUCUUGGAUGUGCCCAUCGAGAAUACACGCAGCUGCCAGAUGCAAACGCUCUACAUUGACUUUAAGGAUUUGGGCUGGCACGACUGGAUAAUCGCCCCCGAGGGCUAUGGGGCGUUCUAUUGCAGCGGCGAAUGCAAUUUCCCGCUCAAUGCGCACAUGAAUGCCACCAAUCAUGCCAUUGUGCAAACAUUGGUGCAUCUGCUGGAGCCCAAGAAGGUGCCAAAGCCGUGCUGUGCACCGACGCGACUGGGCGCACUGCCUGUGCUGUAUCAUCUCAAUGAUGAGAAUGUCAACCUGAAGAAGUAUAGAAAUAUGAUUGUGAAAUCCUGCGGGUGCCAUUGAAUCCAAUUUAUAAACUAAUCUAAGCAUUUUAAAGCAUUUCUGUGUACAUGUACCGUCUCGUCUCUGUACUAAUCUCGAAUAUUUUUAUAGAAAUAUUAAAAGCAGUGCCUAACCAAGAGAAAA